UAUAUAUUUAUGCGCCAUCCCUGGGUGCGCGGUGGGUACAAUAUAUAUCAGUAGUUGCAGAAGAGGAAGAAGAAAGAAGAAGAAGGUACAAAGCUAAGCAAUUUCAAUCAGAUUUAGAAUGGCAACAUUAGAGGGAGAGUUCAAAGAAUAUGCUGAGAAGGCCAAGUCAUUGCCUCCAACUAAGGAUGUAGAUAAACUCAUCCUUUAUGGAUUCUCAUCCUCUAUGGAUUAUUUAAGCAAGCAACUGUUGGAGCUGUUAAUACCAAUCCUCCAGGAAUUUUCAGCCCCACAAAGAAGGCAAAAUGGGAUGCUUGGAAAGCAGUUGAAGCUAAAGAUCUUUUCAUUCAUUUUCCUAUUGCUCAUCGAUUUGGAAUUUUCUGGGAAGACCAAACAACAAGCUAUGAUUGAAUGCAUCACCAAGGUCAAGCAAUUGCUGUUAUAAAUAGCUUAUAUGUUAGAUAGUAUAGAGAAAAAGAAUUCUUAUAUUGUUAAAAUAUAAAAAAGUUGAUGAAUGACAAUAGUAAAAUGUGUAUAGAAUUAUAUAUAUAGAUAAAUAUAUAUUAUUCUAUUAUGGCACUUGGCAUGUAUAUGUGUGAAAUAAAAUAAUUA